CGAACAAGCUGCCGAAGCACCGCCGUCUCCGGUCCGCUACUCUGCUUUCGUUAUCGCUGCUCACCGAGCCCGUUGCCCGGUCUCGUGUUACUCGGUUUUGCCGCUAUGGCUUCUUGCUAAGCAGUGCAAGCUCAUAGAGACGGCCAUGCGACGUGGAGUGCGGCCGAGCCUGGCAUUGCCCUUGCGGUCAACGUACACUACAAGGUUGUGCCGGUGCGGGACGCGCGUUCACUUCCGUUUGUGGCCGAUGUGCAAUCGGGGUUGUUGCACUGAACUAUGCGGACGUCGCAAAAUUACAAGAUACCCCUGCAGGCGGCUUGCCCGCGUGGCUUGUCAUCUAGAGUGAGAGUGGCUGCCCUAAUCGCAAUCAUUUGCGCCCUCUGCCUGCUCGUAAUACCUCGUCGUGGUGGACUGAGGACCGUUCUGGAAUCCGCGAAAUACAAAGGCAUCCACAACAAAGUGCUGUCUAUCCGUGACCGCUCCAGCAGGAUGGAUAACUAUGCGACCUCACACGAAGUGGCAAAAGAGGUGUCAAUGGGAACAGUGCCUAAAAAAUCCUUUCAUGUGAUAACACCACCCAACACGCACGCCCUGAACGAGCGCUUCGUUGUGAACACAGCCCAAUGCAAGAUCCCAAACUUGGAUCCUUUCGACCCGUCGAUAGUGGAGUUUGUGAACAAGAUGCCACCCGUGGACUGUUCCUCAGAUUUUCCGAACAUCACAUUUGUAAAGGACAAACGGAUAUAUAUCAAUGCAGCUAUCUUGCCGCGAGUACUUCGACAGCACACUCUGGAAAAAUUUCAUUGCUGCUACCGGCCAUUCUUCAGGAAUCUGAAGCCCCAAAGCGACGAUGACAUUGUGUUCCAAGCUGAAUGCAUCCGCCUUCAGGACGGAGCUAAGGUACCUUACGAAUUCGUGAAAGUGGAAUGCUACAACGGAGAUGCUCUGUUCUACGUCAACUACCACGCGUUUGUUUACCCCAAGAAAUCGUACCAGCGCCGAUUCAAAGAAAUUUACGAACCAGAACACCCCGGGUACCAGUAUAGCGUCCUCAUAAUUGGAGUCGACGGAGUAUCCCGUCUGAAUGCUCACCGCCAAUUUCCGGAAACACUGCGAUACCUCAAAGAACGCAUGGGUGCCGUCGAAAUGUACGGCUAUACUAAGGUGGGCGACAACACCUUCCCCAAUCUCGUACCACUGCUGACGGGUCUCACAGAAAAGGAGUUGGCCUUCGGAGUCUGGACCGAGGACGAAUACCUCGACAGUCUUCCCAUGCUAUGGAAGUCCUUCGCCUCGAAGGGCUGGAGCACGUUCUAUGCCGAAGACAAUCCGACACUCUCGACCUUCAACUACGUCAAGCAAGGCUUUCUCGUGCAGCCUACAGAUUACUAUUUCAGGCCUUUCUUAAGCAGCUGCGAACGCGAAGUCGGUCACCGAAAACCUCUUAACUGUUACCACUGCGUAGGCGCCCAGUCCGAAACUGAAGUCGUGCUUGAUUGGCUUCGUUCAUACAAGGAACUAAUGCUCAAGUGGCCUUCCUUCGCAUUUGUCUGGAUUAAUAGCGCCACUCACGACGAUUUCAACGGUGGAUCAACGGUGGACCAUCUCUACAGGUCUUUCUUGGAAACCCUUCACCAGGGAGCCUACUUGCACAACACAAUCGUACUCUUCAUGAGCGACCACGGGUUUCGCUGGAGUCCUAUAAGAGCGACGCAUGCCGGAAUGCUCGAAGACAGGCUUCCCUCUCUGUUCAUUAGCUUUCCCCCUACGUUCCGACGCCAUCACCCGGACCUAAUGAGGAACGUUCACGUCAACGCCAGGCGUCUAACGACACCGUUCGACCUACACACCACACUAGCGAGUCUGGGAAACUUCGACGGCAAGCCGAGGCCCCUGGACGUGGACGACUAUCCAGACCAUCUUCACUCAGCCGUGCUGGAAAGGGCGGUCAACCUCUUCGGCGAAGUUCCGUACAACAGGACGUGCGAGGAUGCCGGCAUCGAUGGGCAUUGGUGCGGGUGCCGAGAGAGCGCAGCCGAGGAUCCUAGAAGUGACACUGUGGCCCGAGUCGCGUCGGUAUUGAUCGACGGCAUUAACGUAUUCACAGGGCCUCACAGGAACCGCUGUGCGCGCCUCAAGCUAGCGGCUGUGAAAAGCGCUCGUGUGUACCUCCGAGACUCGUCCGCCACCUCGCUCGACUAUGUGUUAAACGUAGAGACGACGCCAGGAGGCGCGAUUUUUGAAGGAACUGUGCGAACUUAUAACAACGGGAAUCCUUCUAAGUUACUUGGGGACGUAUCUAGAUUAAACUUGUACAAAGGGGCGGCGGAUUGCAUGGAAAUUGCACACCUAAAGAAGUUUUGCUCUUGUACCUCGCUGCUCAAGGAACCACUAAAAUUAAAUAAUGUUAGAUAAAAACUAAGAGGACGUGUUUCCCUCGGGCGAACCUAGCGAUUAAAUAACGAUCAUCGAAAUGGAAGCUCCCCGCGGUAUUAACGCAUGAGAAACUCUUGAGAAAUGUGUAAUAUUUACAUGAUACUUAAUCUGUAUAUUUCCCACGUACCCACAAUUUCACUUUCCUCACUUUCAUUUUGCACCGCUACUUUCAAUUUAGUGUAUUUGCGCACGCGAAACUUCCUGACUACACUUUCGACGAGUUUAUAAAUAGCAAUAAUUCUUAACUGGCGAAUGUAGAUCUGGUAUGUAUAAGGGGAAGUAUUGGCGACAUCCCAGCGCUGCUGAGAACAACCAAACAAAGCAUAGUUACGGGCAUGUUCGCCUCAGUUAUUGAUGCAGCCAGAUCUUUCUGUACGCAUCGUGGGAAUAAUGCCUGUGGAGAUGAGCACACAAACGUGGUUUUCAUUCCGAAUGCGACAUAGAUCUUACGACCUUGCAUCAUAUACCUCGCAUAUAGCAGAACGACAGGAAAUAUUCUAAAUACCUCCUAUACCUGACAGCUGUUCCAGGGAGAGGAAGAAAAGUUUGAAAACAACAAUGAUGUUACUAGUAGCAUGCUAUGAGCAUGUUAGUGCGUAGUGCCUUCUUAAUUCCCUUUAGCGAUUGACAACCCUAUCUUGCACAUUAGUCUGUGCGGACCAACGGUUUCGUUGUGGCUUCCGAUAAUAUCAAUGCACUA